UGCAACGCUAUUCUCUGUGUGCCUGCAAUCUAAGCUCACUAAUUAAUCUCCUCCGUCUUACUUGCCACUCCUUCACCUUGCAAUGUUUCUCAGGUAAUCUAGGAACUCUUUAUUCUCACCUGGGCGCUGUUUCAAAGGCCGCGUCGCAAAUCCUUCAGUUUUUGGAAUGUUAAUUGAAAAGGCGGUAGUGACAUUUUUCUCGCACAUGUUUAGUAAUUUUCUGCUUUUCUGUGUAAAGCUGAAUAUUAAUGUGUGUUUUUUCUCUUCUCGUUGCAGGUAUGUAGCUGUGGAAUGCGGUGUUUAGGUGGUGACGUGUACAGUGUUGCAUCUGUGUGUCCCCUCGGCCCCUGUCUGCCUGCCGCUGUCUCCUGCCCCUGACCCCAAGGCCUCCCGUGCCCUCCUCUUGCCGCCUCCGUCUGUCUGCUUGACCUCUCGCCUUCCUGCCAUCACUGACCUCUUUUACUCUUUCUCCUCCUUGCUCUGUUAUCUGUUUUCUGGCCUCGUGUCUCGUCCCCACUCCCCGUUUCAUACCCACUGACCCCUCCCGCCCUUGUAUGUGUCCCCAAACACCAAGGCCCCUUUAGUCCGUGAGCUGCUUCGUCAGGCUUCCCAGUCGGCGGUUAGUGACCAUUGGCCAGAUUAAAAAGUCCUUUCUCUCAGAAGGCUUUUCAACCAGUAUUAACUUCUUGGACAGACCCAGGCAGUCAAUAUUCCUUCAACAUUUUCAAUCAUAAGUAAUUGUACCUCCGAUGCAUCGUUCAGUGUUCCCCUCCCUCAGAGUCGCCGCUACCUCGUGUCCACCUCCUGGUUGAUUCACAGACCCGCUAGUACAGCCGCAGAGUUUCAGCGGCACUGAGACCACCGCGAGUGCCAAAGAGAGGCUUAGGCUCUCCGCAAGCCUGACCCUCUUCCUCGCGUGUUUAUCCAAGCCUCACCCUCUCCUUCCUUCUCAGCCCCCUGUCCCCCUCCCCUGACGUCCUCCUGACCCUUGCCUGCCCUCUUCCCGCCCUCCACCCUCCCAGUACCCACUCCCCGCCUGUCCGCCAGCCGUCCCCAGCACUCUGUCCACAAGAAGUUUGGCUAAAGUUAAAUAAAUUAUUGAUUAGCUAAGCAACCAAGUGCGUCCAGACUCGAGCCAACUUUCUUUAUAUACAAAAGUGUUCACGAGUGCAAACAGACAUUUACGCAGAGUCGCCUAAAGCCACGAAGUGCAUUUAAAAUGUCAGCGGCAAUGGUCGUAGCCCUCACAUUGGCUUACUGGUGAUCACUGAACUAACGUUCCCGUUGUGAGCAGCCGCUCCGCCGGACAUGUAAAGCGGAGCGUUUGUUGACACAGUUAAGAUACACAACAGGGAAACCAAGUCCAUGUAAAUUGGUGUGGUCACUACGCCUCUACGGCACGUUCACUCCGGUCACCCCUCAGCGGUAGCAGGGAGAAGUAGCGCCCAAAUCAACUGUUGACGUUGAUGCGCCACAGCUCAGAGCCUCAGGCCGUGGCGCUGCCCGUACCCGUUACCCCACUACUCCAUUAACCGUUAGCUACAUUGACCCUACAUCCCUUCCUCCACUCAGUCCCCUUGUCCUUCAGUCAACAUCUGUUUCCCAUCCCCUGACCCGCCCAUCCCAGAGGCCUAGCUUCAGUUUCUGCUGCCUUUCCGAUCUCUUCUCUGUGUCUCUCUUCCACUUCUGCCCGCCUCCUCCCUUCGUUGUGUGUCCGUGAGCCCUUCACCGGUACCCUGUGGUGGUCGGGCUGGGCUCCUCCGGGCUCGUGCCACGGGUGGGCGGGCGUGGUACGGCCCCCACCGCAGCACAUCCGUGUGCAGCAGCCACAGGCGGCAGCCGGCCAGCAGCAGCAGCAGCAGUGGCAGCCGGCCUGGCACACUCCGCAGCUGUCCUGUGGCGUAGUCCCGCCCUACACCACCACCAUGGCCGCUCCAUGUAAGUAUGGAGCGGCCCGCCCAGCACCGCCGCGCUACGCCCCCACGCCCUCACCCCUCACACCCACUCCGCCCUCAUCCAUGGACUGCGAGAAGAUCAGGCUGCCGGAGAACCUGGAGAGCAUCCCGAGGGCCGAUCACAUCCCGAGCCAACGCCACCGCUGGAACACCAAUGAGGAAAUUGCUUCACUGCUCAUCAGCUUCGACAGACACAGCGACUGGCUCUCCAAGGAGGUCAAGAUUAGGCCCAAGAGUGGUUCCAUGCUCCUGUACUCGCGGAAGAAGGUUCGCUACCGACGUGACGGCUACUGCUGGAAGAAGAGGAAGGACGGGAAGACCACUCGGGAGGACCACAUGAAGCUCAAGGUCCAGGGCAUCGAGUGCAUCUACGGGUGUUACGUCCACUCCGCCAUCCUGCCCACCUUCCACCGGCGCUGCUACUGGCUGCUGCAGGCGAGUGUUCCCUCUCAGUGCUUCGGUCCGAACCCGGACAUCGUUUUGGUGCACUACCUCAACGUGCCCUACCCCGACGACAACAAGCUAGUGAUGGCCUCCAGCAUAUCCCUCUGGGCCGACAAAAAGGAGUGGACCAAAGAAGAGUUGAUCAGUCAGCUCAAGCCCAUGUUCUUCAGCGAGGAUGAGCCGGACCUCAACAACGAACUUGAGAUAUCGCCUUCAUGUGGAGGGCGAGUAUACAGCCAGAUCAGCAAGACAGCUGAGACGGUGGAGGCCAUUGUGGCCCAGCUGAUGGAGAAGCAGCGCGUGGCAAGGGCAGCAGCAGCAGCAGCGGCUGUAGCAAAUAAAAGUGGUGUCGAGUGUGGCUGUGGUGCAGGAGUGGGCGCUGAGCACAGUAAACAAUGUACAUUACACCCUCUCCGGCGCCUGAGUGUGGCCAAGUUGCCACACCAUCACCACCAUCACCACCACCACCACCACCAUGAGGGGCCCAACACUGUCACCUCCUCCCGCCAGGCUCUGGUGGCCAUGCCGGCACCUUCAGACAGCGACAACAACCAGGUCUUAACUUUGCGUGCAUGUCAUGGCUGCAUGCUGCUGCUUCCACAGGUGACGUCAACGAGUGGGCCAGGUGGGUGCGUCACCUCCCAGUACCAGGGCGUAGCUCAGGAGGGGGCCUGCCCACCAGAGCCCCCACCCUCUACCAGCAACACCACUAAUAACAACAAUAAUAACAACAAUAGUAACAGCAACACCACCACGUCCAACAACAAUAACAACAAUCUCAACACCACCACAGCCCCGCUAAUCCUAAACCUGUCCAACAUCCAGGGCGGGGGCGGGCUACUGAUCCUCAACAGUGGGGGAGGUGGUGGGCACCACCCACCUUCACAUCCCCCACUGGCUGGCCCCCUCACGCUCACUUCUUAUCUGGGUCAGCCCCAUCCUGCCUCCACCGCCGCCUCCAUCAUCCAAGGACCUCCCCUCGUCCCUCACUCCACCCAGGUAGCACAUCUUCACCACACGCAUCACCACCAUCAUCACCCGCAGCAACAUCACCACAUGCACCAGCAGCAGCACCAUGCCUCACAACAUGGGCCACAGCAGCAGCAACAACAACAGCAACAACAACAACAGCAACAGCAGCAGCAGCAGCAACAACAGCAGCAGCAGCAGCAGCAGCAGCAGCAGCAACAGCAGCAACAAGCUACCCCUGCACCUCAGCAUAAUGCUAAUCUUUUGGUUAAAAGAGAAGGUGAUAAAGAUGUAAUGGAAAGUCUCAAACUAGAUGCAACAAAUGGCAAUAUUGCCAUGGAUUCUGGCACAUUUGCUAAUCUUGUAUCCAGUCUUGAGGCUGGUGAAGCAAGAACAAAUCAACAACAGCAACAACAGCAGCAUCAACAACAACAACAACAACAGCAACAACAGCAGCAGCAGCAGCAGCAACAACAGCAGCAACAACAACAGCAGCAGCAGCAGCAGCAGCAACAGCAACACCAAAAUCAGUCACAGCAACAACCGUCAAAGGACACAUUCCUCAGCAUUAAAGCUGAAUUGUCGGAACUUUCAGUUGAAAAGGCUGAGCUGUUCUCUAACACGUUAGAUCUCUCUCCUGAUGACAUUCAGAAAACUCUCUCGGCUAACCUUCCCCCAGGGUCAUGUGGCCGCAAAGCACCCUCUACCUCUGAUGUCAACCCAAUGGACUUUAUUGACAAUGACAUGACAUCACCUGAGGAUGAUGUUCUGGCUAAUCUUGAUGCUUUUGAUAUGCUGAGUGAUUUUCCUGAUCUUGAUCAUUAUGACACAUCCCCUCCAGAUAAUCUGAAUAGUAAUAAUAGUAAUAGCAGCAGCAGCAGCAGCACAAAUAAUAGUGGUAAAUCUGUGACAAAUCAGAGUCAACAGACGACCCGAAUGGACUACAGGGAGAACACUGCGAACAUAACAGACUACUCUCCGGAGUGGGCAUAUCCUGAGGGAGGAGUCAAGGUGCUGGUAACGGGGCCAUGGUAUAGCAGUUCUUCGCCCUACACUGUGCUUUUUGAUGGUGUCCCCACAUCCACCACCCUUGUCCAGUCAGGCGUCCUACGGUGCUACUGCCCAGCACAUGAGGUUGGCUUAGUGACUCUUCAGGUUGCCUGUGAGGGUUUUGUCAUCUCCAAUUCUGUGAUAUUUGAGUACAAAAAACCUCCAUCCGAUGAGAACAAAGUCAAAGAGUUUCUGGGUUGGUUGGCACAGGAGCAGGUCAUACGGGAGCAGGAUGAACACCUGCUCAAGUUCACCCUCCUGCAGCGGCUGGAGACCAUGGAGACGAGGGUCCAGGUCUGCCCUGACAGCCAGAAAAGCCCAUCCAAUUAUGAGAGUGAUGUCAUGAUGCACAAAGCUCAUAACUUUGAGGAGCGAGUUGUAUCGUAUUGCCAGAGGAUGAGCGGCAAGCAGUGGCUCAGCAUGGACCACGGUUUUGCCUCUGGCCUUCCUGACCUUCAUGGUCUCACUCUUCUGCACUUGGCAGCCAUGCUAGGUUACUCUAGGUUAAUUGUCAUGUUAUUGCGUUGGCGUGAAGAAAAUCCAUCUCUGGUGCUUGAGUGUGAAGUUGAUGCCUUGCGUCAAGACUCCCGGGGAUGUACCCCUCUGAGCUGGGCAUGUUCCCGGGGCCACCGCCACACUGCCCUCCUGCUCUACCGCUGGAACUCGCAAGCACUGCACUCGAAAAAUCAGCUGGGUCAGACUCCUUUGCAGUGUGCCACCAUUAAUGGGCACCACGCUCUAGCGGAGGAGUUGCAACAACUGGAUGGACAACGAGAACAGAGAGGCAGCAUGGAAGGAUUGCAUUUGUCUCUCUCCUCCUCCUCUUCUUCGCUAUCCCAACUCUCAACCUCCAGCACCACCUCCACCACGACUUCCUGCAGCAACACCACCAGCAUCAGCCCAGGAAUGUCUGUGAUUGGAGUAGCCCAGCACUCGCCUGAUGUGUUCCUUCGGCCAUCCCCACGCAGAUGUGACUUUAAAAAGCAACGGCACCUCAGCGUAGACCUUCCUCUUAGCAGCGAACAGGAUUCUGGGCGUCCCAUAGGCUGCCUGUCACCCGCCUCCUCAUGGAGUGACACUUCAGUUCGGCGCGGCAGACUCAUCAAAAGACCUUCUGUUGACUCUGGCAUAAAUUUGGCCAAUGUUGAUAAUUACAAGAGAACCAGUCUUGACUCAGGUCUAGAUAUUCUACAGAAAUAUUCCAGAGGUGAUGUUGCAAGUCCUCAAGUGUCAACACCGUCACUCACCCUGGACAACUCUGGAGAGGACAUUGCCGACUCUCCCAUGCCCUUCCAGUUUACUCCAGGUGGGAGCAGCCAGAUACAGGCGGAGGGAGAGGAGGAGGAACACUCAUCCCUCAGAGGUGUCGACAGCAGUUAUGCCAGUCGUCGAGAGUCCCUCAGCUCAGAGAUGGCUGGCCUGGCCGCCCCGGAUGACAGUCGGGUUCUCACACUGGCUGAGCAGAUCAUUGCUGCACUUCCUGAAAGAAUUAAGAGUGAUGGAGAGGAGCUCAUGCAACUUGAGCCCAGCCCAGUACCGGCUGAUCCUCCGUCAUCAGACCUGGAUAUGGAAGUGAUCUUGGAUGAGCCGCCAGACACAACAUCAGAGUUUAACUUUGAGUUCUCAGAUAUAACAUCUUACAGAUAUAUUGAUGUUGGCACUCCAAGUUCCUCCAUGAGUCCUGCCUCAUCCAGCUGCCUCCCCUCCCCGGCCUCCUUCACUCUGGAGAGUCCUUCUCCCCCACCCACCACAGCUGACUUCUCAGAGUUUUUCCAAGCCUCCACAAGAGAUUUCUCCAGGGAUUUCUCAAAUUUAACUCUGUCAGAUCGUGAACAGAGGGAACUGUAUGAAGCUGCUAAAACUAUACAGAAGGCAUACAGACUCUAUAAAGGACGCAAACGACUCCAGGAACAAGACAAAGAAAGACAGGCAGCCAUUGUCAUUCAGAAUUACUACAGACGCUAUAAGCAGUAUGUUUACUUCAGACAAAUGAGUAGAGCUGCUACUUUAAUCCAGAAUCAGUUUCGUUCUUAUUGUGAGCAUAAACGUUUCAAGAAAAGUUUGGAGGGGAGCCAUGCAAAUGUUAACUUUUCUCUGAGAGGGUCACGGGAAACUACUCCCAUCCCCACAUUAAAACGGACCUAUUCUCAGCGCCGACAGCACCAAGCAGCUCGCAAGAUCCAGCAAUUUAUGAGGCAGACAAAGCAAAAAGAGAACGAGCGCAAGCGGCCGAAAGAGAGAAGGUGGGCCAGGGGUGCCAGGUGGUGGGCCAGGGGUGCCAGGGACCAGCAGUGGGGGGAGCAGUGGUGGGGGGGGUCGCAAUUCAGCAACCCCUCCCACCUCUUCUCCACCAGCUCCCUCCAGCACGGGCGGGCCCCUCAUCGGAGCACUCCCACCGCGACACAGACCCUUUACUCUCGAGCACAGCCCAUGCACCUGACCAAAAUGACCAUCAGGGCCGUCAUUGAAGCCAUUAGAUGGAAGAAUUGUCAAAUACAGAUGGACAAAGGCAAGUUGAUUAAAAAACGCCUGUGCUCAACCAUUACCUGUAGGCGAGAGCAAACAAGAGUGUUGCGCUUUUACACUGGUUCACCCAUCCAGAGGACAGAACUUCCCAGGGCUCUGUGAUAGGCAGAGUUCUUUGGCAGCUGCAGCUGCAAGGACUGUGCACUGAGCUGAACAAUGCCAGGGAUACAAACUCUGCCACUGUGUGCUCCAGCUCUAUUGAUCUUAAUCAUUAGGAGAACGUAAUUUACAUUGUAUUUUGCCUUUCAAAAUGAAAGCUAUAUAAGUUUUAUUGCAUAUUAUUUUUGUGGAUAGUUUAAUAUAUAAUUUUAGCAGCAUCUGAUCAGUAAUUAAUUUGUCAGCAUUUAGAAAUGAACUAAUCUAGAGCUACCAACACUGCCUAUAGCUAUUUUUUUUUAUUUAUAAUCAGACAAAGAUUGCUUUUAUCCCCAAAGAUUAUAAUAAGAAACAUUAGGCAUAAUAUAAAAGGCUUAGUUUUCUUCAUGACAGAUUAAAUGUAUUGUUAAUUUCUGAUUGUCUACCUCAUUUGAAAAGUAUUCCUGUUAAAGUGGCAAGCAUAAAGUAUCCAACUUUCUCAUUAUUGUCCACUGCAACAGUUAGCACUUUAUCAUGUAUGUUCAUAUAAUAACUAUAAAUAAUUGUUCUUUUGUUGAACAUUUGAUAAGCCAGAGCUGGAUUGAGGAGAUAUUGUGUGAUAAUUAUGUCAAUCACAAACUGCAAGUGUUAUGUGACGGGCCGAUUACACUUGGUUAUUGAGUGCACGAGCUCAUACACUGUAUGACCAACAUUCAGAGAAGCUUUGUGAUUUGCAUCUGUUACUUGUUUGGGUUGGGUUGGGUAUUGCUAUGAAAGACAGUAGAGAAUUAUUUUGAUCUUCACUAUUUUCAGGCAUUGUACAAAUUAUUCCCAUGCUUCAUGAUAGCAAACUAGUGCAUAAAACUGGAAGGCUUAUAUGGCAAUAAUGAUGCAUAAUGUUAUUGAAGAUAAGUUCUUCCAUAAUAUUCCUUUGGCCUUAAUAUUUGUUUGAAAAUAUGUAUUUAACAAAAUGUUUAUAUAUAAUUACAGUUGUCAGAAGGUAACUAUUUUUAAAAUUGAUAUACUUGAUAUUCAGUGUCAUCAGAAUAGAUAGAAGGUUUUUCCCUUAUAUUUUGACAUGGAUUUCUUAUAUGCUUAGGAAAAGGAUAGCUUGAGCUAUUGUGCUUUCAGUGAGCAUGUUCUAUAGUAAGUAUAAGAGGUUAUCAAUGUGUGCGUGUGUGUGUGUGCGAGUAUGCUGCAAGUGACAAGUGUGCAUGUGCGAUAUGAAAAUUUAGUUACCUGAUAUUACUUCAGCCAUUCAGGGGUGUCAGUGAGUGUGACCAUGAGUGAAUGCACACUACUGAGCAAGGCUGAGAGGGAAGUUAUGAUACUGUUAAUGCUACGGUACAAAACAGUCCAGGGUGGUGGAGGGGCCACCCUCUGGCACCAUUUGUGCAGUGUGUUGUGGUUCACAGCUGAGGCAGGUCCUCCCAGCACCACAGUGUCCUGGUUUGUUAUAGUUUAUGGCUUACCAAGACAUUUUAUCUAGUCCCUAAAGCCAUUAACUAGUGACCUACCUACCAUUUUCUACUAGAUGGAUAUAGAUAGGCAUCAUGCUUUUUAUUGAAAAUAGAGAAGGGAAGUACUUAUCAUUCUGCAAUGCUUGAUUGAAUCUUCCCUUUCUAAAUAUCUAUUUUUCUUGCUGGAGAACAGAGGUACAUUAUAACGGGCCAAGUGCAUUGCUGGAUGUGCAACGAGGCUUAGGUCCACUUACAAUAAUUUAUACUAGUGGUAACAUAGACAUCCCAGCUUACUGAGUAAGUGUCUCUAGGCUCAAAGUAUAAGCUUAUUUUUCUUUACUUAAUUUACUCUUUGAACCUAGAGACAGACUCAUUCUCGAUCAAUCUCUGAUACCAUGUAGAUAAUAUUUACUCCCGAGAGUGUUUUGCAUGAUGUUUGACCCUUCAUAACAAGCUGAUUAUUUUUUCUUUUUUUCCUCUCUGGAGAUUCUAUGCUUGGCAGAGUGGCACAAUAAUGUAAUAAAUUACAUUGUAUAUGAGAUGUGUUUAAGAGUAAGUUUAUAAAUUACUGCCAACAAUAUAAAUCUCAAAGUCCAAAAGUAUUAUAUAUACCAGACAUCCAAUAGCAGUUACCAUAUUUUCUGUAAUUAAUCAAAUUUGUAUUUGUGCAUAAGUAGAAAUUUUAUAGUAAUGCAAAAGCAGAAGUUAGGUAGAUAUCUAUAGAGAUUAGUAUGUAUUUUGGUAUACUUUUAAUUGGAAAUUCCAAACAUCAAGAACUGCACCUUCAGCAAAUACAAUGAUGUUCAAAGGACUUAAAUAUAUCCACUUUGGCUCAGUUUACUAACAGGAAUGAAUAAUUAUGAAGAAAAUGUUUGUAAAAACUUGUAUUUUACAUUGACAUGACUUUGUUUUAUCAUAAUUAAUCUACUGGUGAUUAAGGAUGUCCUGCAACAUCAGUCAGCUAAACAGUCACUUCCUUCUGCAGUAUGGGAAAUUAUCAGUAUUUAUUUAGCAUUAGAGCUGUGGAAGACCAGUGUUCUCGAAAUUAUAUUCUUGAAAAUGAUGAGAAAAAGUUGUAUUUUUUUUACUUGAGGCAGAAUGGUAAUGCUAGGAUGAUUUAAACUAUGUAAUUAUUAGCCAGUCCAUGCUUUCUUGGCAGUCUAUUUUUCGGGCAACAUAUUUUAUUCUUCAUCUAUAGAUUAGUGAAACAACAAAAAAUAUAUGAGUAGAUUUACUACGUAUUGUGUUCAUGCAGACCAAGGAGCAGAAAAUAAAUAUUAGUUUUUUCCUCAAUUAAAGUAGUUUAUAUACUUGGAUAGAGUUAUAGCAACUGCUUCUUGGUUUGUGCUGAGCCAUGCAUCAGACUUUUGAUACCUUGCCAGAAGGUGCUCACAACCUCUUUCCCCAAGAGUUGUAAGGAGCCCAGCAUCAGGAAAGUUAUUGUACAUAGGGCGCUGUAUAUUACUCCUAAGGUGAAAAAAAAAAUAAUUAAACAUCCACACCUUGUAUAUAGCUGUUGAUCAUGUUAUAAAUUUUAUUCUCUAUUAAGUGAUUUUAAGACUAGUGAAUCAUGAAAAGGAUAUUGAGACAGUUUUCUUAUUUACAAACCCUGCAUCUCUUUACCUGUCUCAAAUGUAACAACAAUCCAAGGCUUAGAUUCUGAAAUUCUAGAUUGUGUUGUGUUCUGUGAUAUGUAUUAAGUCUGGAUUCACCCAAUAUUUGCAUAUGUCAGAAACCUUUUUUCAUCUAGGUGAAAUGCAGUCCACCAGCAUAGUUGUAAAGGAUUGAUUAGUUAAUGAUAAAAUUUUCACAGGAAAAGCCAUGAAAAAAUUUGUAAAGAACAUUGAUAUUGCAUGUUCUAAUUCUUAAAAGUAUGUCUUAAGUACUUCAAUCAUGUAACAGCAGAAUAUGUACCUCAACUGUUACAUAACAGUAUGCUCAGUAAGCUCACUUUUUCAAUGAUUGAGCUGUAGUCAGUCAAAUAAUGAAUAUUCAUCUGUAGUUUAUUGGGUGUAGGUCUCAUUUCUGAAAAGUUACUUAGUUUCUGAAGUAAAUUUGUUUCCAUAAGUCCUGUACUGGUAAUUAAAUAAAACUUUAAAAAGAA